UAUCUAUUCUAUUAUAAUAUUUCAUAAAACAUCAACUGCUUUCAUUCAAAUCUUCUUACUCUAUACACAAGUUCCAUAAUGGAUCUCGUUCAAAAGCACGGUCACCUCAAGAGUGACAAGGGCAGGAGCUAUACACAAUCAAAGGAUAACCAUGAAAGUCAGCAAGCGUUUAACUCUCUCUUGGGGAACUUUGGUCAUCCACACAAUGAUCACCCGGAUAGGCGAUCCAGCGGUGCGGGGAACAUGGCAAGGGACAUAGAGGAAUGGACCCGCCAGAAGAAGUCAGCUUCGUCUGAAGGUGUGUCUGAUUUGCAGGGUCAAUGAGUCUAUAAGUCCUGGUGAUAUCCAUUGAUUUAUCUUGGGUUGCGGUUACUUUUGAUAUCUAUGUGUUUUGCUGUACAGUAUAUUAUAAUAAGAGGGAGGUUGUAGAUAAUGAUUAUUAUUUAGCC